AGAUAGCAUAUUUGUUUCGGCGGUUUGCCGCAGCGUAUACGUAUUAAUUUAUACUUUUGGUCGUGUGAGUUGUUCGACAUUGUCUCCCUUCACCUAGAGUAGAGAGCGAAGUUAAGAGUAUUAAUCAAGGAGUUUUGUGUUGAGUUCCGGUUUACAUACAACACAACUGAAUUUCGUUCGUACAAGAAUGAGCACGCAUCACUGUGCGACACGAGCGGGCUGCUACGACUGCGACCCUGUUGCUUGCACUUGCUAAAGCAUGUUGCACUGCAAUGAUAACGGGACAUCAUUGUUGACGUAACGAAGCCCAUGUGGUGCACUACUCACACCCACACGGAUUGUCUUCGCUAGUUCUCCCGGUGAAGUGGUGACUCGGGUCAGCUAUGUAAAACUGAAAUCCGGUUAGCGAGUGGCGACCGUGGACAAACCAGAGAAAGACUGUCCGGCUUACUACUACCACGCAUCUUUCAUUACAACGUCGUUGCUACAGAAUACUAAUACAACAACUUCAACUCAAAUAGUCGCAGUGGAUACGAACAGGAACAACUUUCCCAAUAGCAAUAGCUCCACCGUAGCCCGCAGUCUGCAAGGACAUGCGGAAUGACGAAGGGCACGCACCACCGCAUGCUGACCUAGGAUGUUGAACGUGACAGAGUUUUUUCUCGACGAGCUGCGCGUUGCAUUGUGUCAUGUCAAAGAAACAGGUCGUAUUCUACUACACACCAUUCUAGUUCAAAGAGCGAUUGGCGGACAACAGCCCAUUGAACCCAGGACGAUCUGGUCGGACCAGCUUGAACUUGCCUAUUGUCGACUCGAGGAGCCGCAGAUAAUCGACUUGGUGGAAAGUAAGGUAACUUUAUGUGAUCGGCUGUUUAAUAGCGGUGACUGGCACGACAAGCAGCUACUUUCAAAGUCAAAGUUUUCUCCGACUCCGAAGGAUAGUCCUGUGUUCUUUUCAGGUCCAUGAAUUUGCGGAUUUGUUCGAGCGCAAUCUGCAGAGAACCGGUGGUUGCUUAUGUAUCAACUUUUUUACGACGAAAAGCAAGAAGGCGUCGGUUUGGAACUUACUGCUUGGGCAAGAGGAGAGGAUCAUCUUCGAGAACUGGAGGAUACCAGUGGCCUUGCAGAGUUUGAGACGUUACCAGAACCCGGAGGACCAGCUGAUGCAGGAAGCACAGCUGCAGCGACAGGCUUCGACAGCUGUGGGCAAAGCGGUGGAGGAUUGCGUAAGGAAGAUCAUGGACAGCAACGGCGACCAUUUGCCGCCACCGCCACAGCAUUUGGCAGUCUACCGCUUUGAAAUUAGCUUCGAUAAUGCAGCACCCUUUUCGCCACGCGCAUUCUCGCAAACAAUAAAGAUACCAUACAUAAGUUAGCACAAGUUGCCGAUUGCUCGUUCCUCAUUUUCUGUUUCUAAGAAUAUCCGUGUUUCGCUGGUACACUUGGUUGAGUUUUUGAAGGUAUUCAAGUAAUUGGAAUUGCUCCGACUGUUUUCUUGGAGAAGUAGCGCAACGGACUGAAAUGACAGCUGUCUGCACUACUGUAGUCCUUCCCACAUGGAGUCAGUGUGCUGUAGUUUUGGAAAAAUGAAGAAAUACUCUG